GCUUAGAACAGGGAUGGGACUUAACUCAGAGUUUUAGAGCAACAGCUAAUGAAGACACCAACAAACUCCUGGUGACAAAUAUCAAGGCAUUGACUGGCAUGGAAAAGAUGUCAGAUCAGAUAAUUGAAAGAGCAAUGAAGGCACAUUUCUUGACAAUGCGGAGGAGACGCAAGGAGGUCGAUUCAGGGCAGAGAAGUAAUAUUUUGCAAAAUGAACGACGUCGCCAUCGCAAGGCAGAUAAACUUCGACGCCGGCUGGAUGCACUAUAUAAAACUACCUCUUGGCCUGAGGCUGAAAAGGCAGAAUUUAGAAAGGGGAUGAAAAUAUCAUGUAUGUCUCCCGAGCACAGCGAGGAAGAGGUAAUUGAAAGAGAUGACGAGUCCGAAUCCGACGAUGACGCUUUGGGUACGAAGAAAAUAUUAAAAACCCGCCCAUUGUCAUGGCGUAGCGAGAGAUUCCAAAGCGUGUUGGAAAGCUUGGACCGGAAAUAUACCAGGCGAAUUUCGGAGAAGGCUCGCUCCAUGUUCAAAGAAAGAAUUAUGGGCGAAAGAAUG